ACCGUCCUCCUGGACGGGCCCGGCGUCGAUGCAGGGGGCGUGCCGAAUGGCGGCCCCGUGGCGGAGGAGCACACAGGCACGCGGCUGGAGCGCCCCGGCAGAGCACGGCCAACGGGGAGCACAGCCCGAGUCCCCAGGCCCAGGCCCAGCAGGCGGGCAAGAGCCGGAGCAGCCCUGUGAACGGCUCAGGCAGCGGAGAGCCCGACGGCUCGGCGCCCAGUGCCGGAGAGAUGCCCAGCGCGCCCGCCCCGGCCCCCAGCACGGGCGGGGCCGUCGAGGCGGCAGAGGAGCCGGCCCCGGGUGCCGGGACCCAGCCUUCCCAGCCAGCGGCACAGGGCACGGAGACGCUGCCCCCUGGCUGGGAGCAGCGGGAGCUGCCGAACGGGAGGGUCUAUUACGUGGACCACAAUACAAAGACCACCACGUGGGAGCGCCCUCUUCCGCCGGGCUGGGAGAAGCGCGUGGACCCGCGAGGCCGGUGCUACUACGUGGACCACAACACGCGCACCACCACGUGGCAGCGCCCCACGGCCGAGUACGUGCGCAGCUACGAGCAGUGGCAGAGCCAGCGCAGCCAGCUCCAGGGCGCCAUGCACCAGUUCAGCCAGCGCUUCCUCUACCAGUCCUCCGGCGCCCCGGCUGACAACGAUCCUCUCGGGCCGCUUCCUCCUGGCUGGGAGAAGAGGCAGGACAACGGGCGGGUGUACUACGUGAACCACAACACGCGCACCACGCAAUGGGAGGACCCGCGCACCCAGGGGAUGAUCCAGGAGCCGGCCCUCCCCCCUGGCUGGGAGAUGAAGUACACGAACGAGCGUGUCCGCUACUUCGUCGACCACAACACACGCAGCACUACCUUCAAGGACCCCCGGCCGGGGUUUGAGUCCGGGAGCAAGCAGGGCGGCUCCCCCGGGGCGUACGACCGGAGCUUUCGCUGGAAGUUCCACCAGUUCCGCUUCCUCUGCCACUCCAACGCGCUGCCCAGCCACGUCAAGAUCAGCGUCUCGCGGCAGACGCUCUUCGAGGACUCCUUCCAGCAGAUCAUGAACAUGAAGUCCUACGACCUGCGCCGCCGCCUGUACAUCAUCAUGCGCGGUGAGGAGGGCCUGGACUACGGCGGCGUUGCCCGCGAGUGGUUCUUCCUGCUCUCCCACGAGGUGCUCAACCCCAUGUACUGCCUGUUCGAGUACGCCGGCAAGAACAACUACUGCCUGCAGAUCAACCCGGCCUCCUCCAUCAACCCCGACCACCUCACCUACUUCCGCUUCAUCGGCAGGUUCAUCGCCAUGGCCCUCUACCACGGCAAGUUCAUCGACACGGGCUUCACGCUGCCCUUCUACAAGCGCAUGCUGAACAAGCGCCCCACCCUCAAGGACCUGGAGUCCAUCGACCCCGAGUUCUACAACUCCAUCCUCUGGAUCAAGGAGAACAACCUGGAGGAGUGCGGCCUGGAGCUCUACUUCAUCCAGGACAUGGAGGUCCUGGGCAAAGUGACCACCCACGAGCUGAAGGAGGGCGGCGAGAGCAUCCGCGUCACCGAGGAAAACAAGGACGAGUACAUCCUGUUGCUGACGGACUGGCGCUUCACGCGGGGCGUGGAGGAGCAGACGAAGGCCUUCCUGGACGGCUUCAACGAGGUGGCGCCCCUGGAGUGGCUGCGCUACUUCGACGAGAAGGAGCUGGAGCUGAUGCUCUGCGGAAUGCAGGAGAUCGACAUGAGCGACUGGCAGAAGAACGCCAUCUACCGGCACUACACCAAGAACAGCAAGCAGAUCCAGUGGUUCUGGCAGGUGGUCAAGGAGAUGGACAACGAGAAGAGGAUCCGCCUGCUGCAGUUCGUGACGGGGACGUGCCGGCUGCCGGUCGGAGGAUUUGCCGAGCUGAUUGGCAGCAACGGCCCCCAGAAGUUCUGCAUCGACAAGGUGGGCAAGGAGACCUGGCUGCCCCGCAGCCACACAUGCUUCAACCGGCUGGACCUGCCCCCCUACAAGAGCUUUGAGCAGCUGAAGGAGAAGCUGCUCUACGCCAUCGAGGAGACGGAGGGCUUCGGGCAGGAGUGACGGGCUCGGCCCCCAGGAGACGCUCCGGGGAACGCCCCCCACCUCCCUGGGGCCGGAGCUGCGCCCCCGAAGGGGAGGAGGCUCCUGCGCCGCGGGCCUGGAUCUCCCGCCGGCGCGCGGGCGCUUCCUCACAAGCGCUCCGGUGCCCUCUGCCUUCGCCAGGGCAAGUCCACUUUCUCGCCGCCCAGGCCCUCCCCCUGCCCCAUCCGGCCGCCUGCCUGGGCACGUCAGGUUCCUGCAGCUGCGCCCCCCAGCGGCCCGGUGCCCCCGCACAGCUGCCCCGCCGUGCCCCUCCGGGCAGCCUCAGCACUGGCGCUGCCCUGAAGCACUCGCCCCAAGCAAGAGAAGCACUUCUGGGGUCCUCGCAGGGCCUGAGGCUGCCCGGGCCGGGCCGAACCCCGGGGGGGUGGGCCUGGCCCACGCCCCCAAGGCCUCCCGCCCUGUGCCAAGCACGCCAGGGCUCUGUUCGAGGCAGCGCAGUGGGUCUCCGCUUCGGAGCGGCGUGGCCGCCACGCGUGUCGCACUCCUGCCCACACACCUCUGGCGGAAGGCAGCUCCCGGGGCUCAGCCCGGCCCCUUCCAGUGCCGCUUGGGGUGCGGCGCUGCCCCCCGGCCCUGCUUCCCUGCCAAGCUGCCUCGGCCACGCACACCAGCGCAGCCCGGAAACCCUGCCAGGCCAGAUGUGGGGGGGGGGCUUUGCCUGGAGGGCAGGAGGGGCUGGGGGGCCUCUGGAGGCGUGUGCCGGCCACAUCCCCCCAUCUGAGCCGCUCUGAGUCCUGCAGCACUGAAGGAAGAGCUGGAAUUCGAACCGGCAUUUCUGCAAAACGAAUUAGCCGGUGUGGAAGGACAGGAGGAAGACGGGGACGUGUGCAAGGAACCCCACGGGCUCGGGGCGUGUGUGCGCAGGUGCUGCAAAGCACGGCCGGGCCGGACUCUUGGUUCUCGGAGCGUGUGGCUCGCGGGUCCCCGGCUGGAGCCGAAGACGAGAGGAAGAGCCGGCUCGGCCGCAGGGCGCGUGGCCCCGACCCCAGGGCUCCGCUCGCACGGAGGAUGCGUGUGUACGCACACGCAACCGCAGCGAGCCGCAUCGACGUGUCUGUGGGCAGAACGAAUUGCCGCUGCUCUUGCUGGGGACCUUGGACAGUUUCUUGCUGCGCUGACCCGGCCGCGGCAAAGCCGACUUCUGUGCAAUAAAGGAUCUGCAGCCGCG